CGGAGAGGGGAGCCCCGGGAACGCGAGCCGCGGCCAGCGCGGCUGCAGAGCCCAGCGAAUCCCCAGCCCCGGCAGCAGGGCACCAUAUUUGUAUGUCUUAUAGAACCCCCCUUGGAAAUGCUGACGUCAGGCUUUAAGACAGCUGAGCGCCACUAAACACCAAGAAAACCCAUGGCCCUGGUUGCAUCUUUCAACAUGACCAAUCCACAGCCUGCCACAGAAGGAGGAAUUUCCGAAGUUGAGAUCAUCUCCCAGCAAGUAGACGAAGAAACCAAGAGCAUUGCUCCCGUGCAGCUGGUGAACUUUGCCUAUCGGGACUUGCCCCUGGCUGCGGCUGACCUCUCCACGGCGGGCUCGCAGCUCCUGUCAAACCUGGACGAAGAUUACCAAAGAGAAGGGUUUCUGGAAGAGCCAUGCGCUUUGUCCCACCUUCCAGCAGCUGGGGCCUCCUUCAAGCUUCCCCCGGAUGGACUGUGCGGAAGAAAUCUCCUUGAAGCGUCCACAUUGUUCCUUCAGGGAGAAGCAAGUACCUCAAGGCAGAGCUCCUCUUCCAGCAACAUCCUUGGGGGUGGGGAUCAACCCCUUUGCAGGAGGCUCCAGCCAAUUGCUUGCUCCGGACAGGAAGGACAGGAAGUGGUGGCUGAGUCUUUGGGCCAUCAGAUAAUUUAUCACCAUCACCGUUGUCACUGUCGUCACCGCCACCACCAUUGUCAUCCUCACCAUCACCACCACCAUCACCACCAUCACCAUCCGCCACAUGGUGCUUUGCAGGUCCACCUGGCUGAAGCCGUGCUGUGGGAAGAGAGCAGCCGUGUGGCAGUUUCCAGUGCAUUCCAGUUUGCUGGCGUGAUACACUGGAUCAGUCUGGUCAUUCUCUCCGUGUUCUUCUCAGAGACUGUCCUGCGGAUCGUGGUGCUUGGGAUCUGGGAUUACAUUGAAAACAAAAUAGAGGUGUUUGACGGGGCUGUGAUCAUCCUGUCCUUGGCCCCGAUGGUGGCAUCCACCGUGGCGAAUGGUCCCAGGAGCCCCUGGGAUGCCAUCAGCCUCAUCAUCAUGCUCCGGAUCUGGCGGGUGAAAAGGGUCAUAGAUGCCUACGUCCUGCCUGUGAAGGUGGAGAUGGAGAUGGUCAUCCAGCAAUACGAGAAGGCCAAGGUCAUCCAAGACGAGCAGCUGGAGAGACUGACGCAGAUCUGUCAGGAGCAGGGGUUUGAGAUCCGGCAGCUGCGGGCGCACCUGGCGCAGCAGGACCUGGACCUGGCGGCCGAGCGCGAGGCGGCGCUGCAGGCCCCUCACGUGCUCAGCCAGCCGCGCAGCCGCUACAAGGUGGUGGAGGCCGGCACGUGGGCCGAGGAGACGGCGGCCGAGAGCGUCGUGGAGGAGCUGCAGCCCCCGCGAGAGGCCGCAGCGAAAGAUGACAUGAACAGCUACAUCAGUCAGUACUACAACGGGCCUAGCAGUGACAGUGGUGUCCCAGAGCCAGCUAUGUGCGUGGUCACCACCGCUGCCAUAGACAUCCACCAGCCCAACAUCUCCUCUGACCUCUUUUCGGUCGAUGUUCCCCUGAAGCUUGGCAGCGAUGGCACCUGCGCCAGUGCCACCUCCGAGAGCGCCUCCCGCUCUACUCGCAGCUCUGUCACCCGGGCCCAGAGUGACAGCAGCCAGACGCUGGGCUCCACCACGGACUGCAGCACAGCCCGUGAGGAGCCAUCCUCUGAGCCCAGCCCAGCUCCCCUGCCACUGCCUCCACCACCCCAGCAGCAGGUGGCAGAGGCCAUGGUCCAGGACCUGUUUUCCUCCCUGUCGGAGGAUCCCUGCCCAUCCCGGAGGGCCUUGGACCCAGCCCUCCUUGCCCAGCCCAGCCCAGCGGGCUCGGCCCAAACCAGCCCUGAGCUGGAGCACAGGGUAAGUCUGUUCAACCAGAAGAACCAGGAGGGCUUCGCUGUCUUUCAGAUCGAGCCUGUCAUCCACUUCCAGCCCACUCUACCUGGGCUGGAGGAGAAGUUCAGAUCUUUGGAAUCCAAAGAGCAAAAGUUGCACAGGGUCCCUGAAGCCUAGAGCCUCCAGGCAGGCUGGGUGGGAAAGGGGCAGACAGCCAUCUUGAUGCUCUCCCGGGGCCCCAGAGGCCACCAAGGGCCACAGGCAAGGCCCAGGAGCCCACCUGACCUCCCUCAGGGUGCUGCCUGCCUCCAGGGAGGUGAUGCCAGGCCAGGAGGCCACACGCCUCAGACCUCAAAGCCCAGAGCUGGCGCUUCAUCUCGCCCUGCUCAGGGGAGGGUGGUGCUCGUGGCUGGGUUUUUUUUUUAAAACCAUUUUUACAAAAACCAGCCUGUGGCCCAGCUUCAGCAGGGUAGAGCUCGGGGGCCAGCUCAGCCUCUUCCGUUGCCUUUGUUCCUGACGCCCACCCCGGACCCUCGGGAACAGCACUGUGAGCCGGGGCUGCCAGCCCCACCCCCAAGCCGUCUUUUCCAGGAAUCCUGGGUGGAGCCGACACACUCACACACAGACCACCAUCUGAGCCUACUUCAUGGGUCAUCAUUCUGUCAUUUAGGCAUGAGCGUUUGAGUCUUUUUCAAGACAAAUCUAGUUUUCACCUUCACGGGACAUAAAGGGAUGGAUCUGGAGGCGGGUGGGAGGGGCGGGGGUGGGGGGCCAGCCACUUUCCAAUCUUGGCUUUAAUAAUAAAAACCAGCUGCACU